CCUGACGACCCGCACAGUGUCAUCUGGAGGAGAAGAAGCGGAGCGGAGGCGCAUCGGGAGGAGACGCAGCGUUAAAUCCUGCCGCGGCUGAAGGAGCAACCUCUACAGUAAACCUCACACGUCAAACAUGUCUGCCGAGCCCAACUAUCGCCGAACUAAACCUGGAAUGAGAACCAGCAUUCCUAGCCCAAAUGGUGCAGCUGGUCCCUCAUCACAGAUUCCUGGUUUAUCACAAAGUGCCAACACCGCACCUGAGGAGAAAACCAAAGGGCGACGAGUAGGGAUUCAGGCCUCUGAUUCAGACUACGUUAAACUGGCAAAGCAAGGAGGACACAAGGGUUUAUUGUCUCAUGAUGCUGAUGAGGAUGCUGAUGCCAAGUCCAGCUCACUCAGCCGCCCUGACUGGUUUGAUGGUCAGCAAAGCCAAGGUAAAGCAACCUCGCAGAGGCUGGUGGCCCCGUUUGGGACUGAUGACUGUUCAGCAUGGGACAAGGAAUCAGAUGAUGCUGAAAAAAGACAGAAACCAAAGGUCAGCCAUGCUACCAAGGACAUGGAGAAACUCUCCUUAAACCAGAAGGACAUUGAGGAGACCAACAAGUAUAAAAGGAGGUCACAUGAUAAGAAGACCACAGCUCCUGUCAGCAUGUCCAAGCUGUUGAGCUUUGGUUACAUGGAGGAUGACAUGAAGUCUCCAGAUGAUGAUGCCUCAAGUAUGACCUCAGAGCAGACCAGCACAAUUGCCCCAGAGGAUGAGCUGGAGUAGGUACAGAAGGAGAAGGCAGCUUCCACUAGAGUCGUGCAGGUGGCCAACCCACCAUUCCCCAUCCUUUAUUCUUCCUAUUUAUGCAAGGUUCUUUUAGUCAUCGUUAUCUUUUGAAGUCAUUUGUGUCAUGCUUACAUAUCUAAUGGUGCUUGUGGUCUUAAAAUUUCUAAGCCCCUUCGAAAUGACGUGUUAUUUGUUGCAAACACAAAUAGAAGCCACACUAUACCUGCAGCACAGAGUUAGGCCUUCUAGGCACUGAUGCAGCCAUUGGCCCAGGUUUUCAUUUUUCAUACAUUUCACUGCUUGAGGAUGUGCUAAAAUAAUUUCUUUUUCUUUAUUUUUUUUAGAUAUUUAUUUAUUUAUAUUUUUCUACUGACAAGAACGCAUAAUCUACUUAUAUAUCCGACACAGACGUGCUGCAGCCACAGGCAGAUUCCGACUUUUUUCCGCCUCUCAUUUGGAAACACAUGCCGAAAAACAUGUGUGCCGAUAUUUAGUCCUCAUCACUGUCAUUACUGCACUAGAAAUGGGAUGAAAGUGUGUGUCAAGACUUUUCAGGGGGUUCAGGGAGUUUGCGAUCGUGAAUGUCUUGUUGUUCAAUAUUGUUUUCGGUGUGAUGGUAAAUACUUUUUUCUUAGAUUCAGGUUCAGUAGAUGUGCUACGCUGAGUUUAACUCUGUAUGGGUUUUUCUCUCCUUAAACCAUGUUUACAGUUACUGUCAAUUAAUGUUGACUAUUGAUAGCUGAAUAAAUAUGCAUGUGCAUGGAAA